AUGUCUCAUGAUGGCUUUCAACGUGAAAGCAUACCUUCGGGUGAAAAUUGGAUUGAAGAAACGCUUGUUGGUACAAAUGGUUUUCGAAUGAGGAUCGCUUACAGAAUAACCUGCGCUAGUGAUUAUUAUGGACCACGAUGUCUUACAUUUUGUCAGCCGAUGUCUAGUACUGUUGGUCAUUUCCAGUGUACAUCGAAUGGUUCACUGGCUUGUUCACCUGGCUGGGAAGGACCAAGUUGUGAUACAGCACGCUGCGACAAUUGCAUCAAUGGUGCAUGCGACCGGCCUGAUUCAUGUCGUUGUAAAACCGGGUGGACUGGACCGAACUGUGAUCAAUGCGUGAGAUAUCCGGGUUGCAAGCACGGCACUUGCAAAACGCCCAAUCAGUGUAUUUGCGAUGAAGGCUGGGGAGGACAUUUUUGCAAUGAAGAUUUGAACUACUGCACACGACAUCAGCCAUGCAGGAAUAAUGCGACAUGUAGGAAUACAGGUCACGGACAGUAUACAUGUGAAUGCCCAGAUGGAUACACAGGAACGAACUGUGAAACCCCUGUACAGAACUGUUCGCUACAACCAUGUUUAAAUGGGGCUACCUGUGCUGAUAUACCUGGAAACAACUAUACUUGUAUUUGUCCAAAAGGCUUUACCGGUCGCUACUGUCAAGUUGUUGCUAGCUCCUGUUCAGAUUCACCUUGUCAAAAUGGUGCUACAUGCAUGGAAAUUCAUGGAAUCUUCUUUUGUACUUGUUUGUCAGGAUGGACCGGUUCUACUUGCGAUAUCGAGAUUAGACCUUGUGACGUAGCCCAUUGUUUUAACGGAGGAAAAUGUGUGGAAAGAAACAGUGCUGGAGACUACGACUGCCUCUGUCCGCUUGGCUUUACCGGAAGGCACUGUGAGGUGAAUUCUAAUGAGUGUGCACAACUCAAUCCAUGUAUGAACGGCGGACGUUGCAUUGAUGAAGUGAAUAAUUACAAAUGCCAAUGCCUGGAUGGAUAUAGCGGUACAUUAUGUCAAGAUUCGGUCAGUCCUUGUUUAAAUGAGCCCUGCAUGAACGGUGGCCAAUGUAUUGACGUGCAAGGUGGAAGAUACUAUUGUAAAUGUCGCAUCGGAUUUAGGGGAAGCAAUUGUAAAACUGCUGAAAUAGGAUGUGAUCGCAAUGUAUGCAGAAACGGAGGUACCUGUGUCGACUCGCUUCAAGGAUUUCAUUGCCUCUGUCCACCGUGUUUCUAUGGCGAAAGAUGUUUACAUCUUGAUUCAGAGUGCCGAUCACUUCAGCGGUAUAACCACACCAGAACUUUUGUCGUAAAGAUUGAAAAUGAACAACAGAAUGACCAAAAUUCAAGAACACUUUCAAAAUAUUCCGAGCAAAAGCCGUGUUUAUCCAUAUGUACAAACCCAAAUUCCGAAAUUAGUUAUUUCGAACGAGAUCGGACGCAUAGAAUUCAAACAAUGUCUGGUAAGAAAAGGUUACCGUCUUAUCCAGAUCGAGAAGAUAUUGAUUACAGUGAGCGUUAUGCAGCCGAGCCUACUGUCAACUUAGGACUGUCAUCAUUAAAAAAUGCGAGAUGCUUUAAUAAGAUCUUACAUUCAAAACGUUUCGACGUUGCACGUUCACCUUUACCGACACAAUCAUCUGAAGAUGGCGGCAGUUAUUAUGAGGAAAUUGAUGUACCGAAGGUGAUGUUGCAACAAACAAAUAGUAAAUCAGAAUCAAAUACUGUCAACUACCGGCUAACUCCGGAUAAUAAUCCGAGACGGCAGCUACGAGAUGUCGUUCAUAAGGUGACCGACGUACAAACUAAUUUAUGAGUUCUCUUUUAGUCUCUUGC